GUUCUUCCUCCUGUUCUUUUACUUCCACGUCAGUCUUUCUCUUUCUUGAGAAUUUGAUUAGAUUGUUGUCGGUCGCUCAUAUUACCUGUUGCUCUCGUCUUCCCAUCCUGCUUCAUGGCCUAAUUCGCAGCUUUACCGUCGGUCCCCUCUCCCCACCCAUCAUUACUACUUCUAGCUUAUCUCUCACUCAAUCGCCGCCACUCUUUCUUUUACCCCCCUCAAUUCCCUUCUCCCAGCAUUGUCUCCCAUCCUUGUCCGCUUCCGUCAUGGCCCCCGAACAACGGGCUUGCACCAACCUGCCCGAUGGCCAGCCCAAUCCGGGUCCCAUCGGGUCUGGUCUAAGUGUUCUGGGCGAGGAUGCUUUCCUACAAGCUUCCAAUGCCACGCCAGACCUGGCAGAUGAACCCAAACAGCCGGUCGUCUCUGAUGGCCCUUCUUACUUCUCCGAUAUCGCGGCCAAUCCAACAGCCGCCACUCCCUCCAGCGUCGCCUCCCCUUCCACGCCUGCCCAGGCGGCUAAAGAUGCGAAAUCAGGACGUGAACUACUGCGUCGGUUAAGCCUAGUAGGCACACCCACGUUGUCAGACAUGGAUCCACGCGAGCAAUACCCGGGCUUGCGCCUUACCGGCCGAAUCAUCAGCGCUGCCUUCUGCGUUCCGUACAAACUCUACUUGCGAUCCGGUUCGGAUUGGGAACUGAAACCCCGCCCCGGAACAUCUGCCCUCUUCGACUCCUUGGCCUAUCUCGGCUCUCCAGAAUCAAAAUGGUCUCACACCCUCGUGGGUUGGACGGGUGAGGUAGAGCCAGCACAAGAGACGGCUUUGCCUCUGCAGGUCCCCAUCAACACUAGCGCCAAGUUACCCACCACCGUGAAUGGAUCCGCCAUUCCUCUGAACAAAGCAGCGGCUCCAGUGCCGGUCGAUGUUAACCAAAGACCGCCAAGUCAUCCUCUCCUGGAAGGACUUCAAGUAGGCCAAUCUGAUCGAGAUCGACUUGAAAGGCAAAUGAGUUCCAGUCGCUACGGCAAAAUUGCCCCAGUCUGGCUAUCGGCUGAGUCGGAUGCCCCUGAGGAUACCAUCCUCUUGGAAGACCAGGGACGUUGGAGACGUUACGCUGAAAGGGAGUUAUAUCCCCUGCUUCAUUACAAACAGCAUGGUCCCACGGAUGGAAGAUCCGAGCGCACGUGGUGGGCCGACUAUGUCCGAAUGAACCGACUCUUCGCGGAUCGUAUCGUGGAGGAAUACAAGGAGGGUGACAUUGUUUGGAUUCACGACUACCAUCUCUUCCUUUUACCGAGCAUGUUACGGCAACGUAUCCCCAACGUCUACAUCGGGUUCUUCUUGCACGCACCGUUUCCUAGCAGCGAGUUCAUGCGCUGUCUCGCCAAGCGGAAGGAGGUGCUCACUGGGGUCCUUGGUGCGAACAUGAUCGGGUUCCAAACCUUCUCCUAUUCCCGCCACUUCUCAUCCUGCUGCACCCGUGUUUUGGGCUUCGACUCCAACUCAGCCGGAGUCGAUGCAUAUGGCGCUCAUGUAGCUGUUGAUGUGUUUCCUAUCGGCAUCGAUACAAGUGCUAUCCAACGAGCAGCUUUUGAAUCUGCUGAGAUCGAACAGGCGGUCUUGGGGAUUCGCAAGCUGUACGCCGGUAAGAAGAUUAUUGUUGGUCGUGAUCGGCUGGACAGUGUCCGUGGCGUCGCGCAGAAGCUGCAGUCCUUCGAAGUAUUCCUUGAGAAGUACCCGGAAUGGCGUGAUAAGGUGGUCUUGAUCCAAGUGACAAGUCCCACUAGCGUCGACGAGCAAAAGGAGGAGAACAAGAUCGCUAGCCAGAUUUCCAAUCUUGUCUCCACCAUCAAUGGACGAUUUGGAUCUCUGAGCUUUUCACCCGUCAAAUACUACCCGCAAUACCUCUCCCCGCACGAGUAUUUUGCACUGCUGCGGGUGGCUGACGUGGGCCUGAUUACGACGGUUCGAGAUGGGAUGAACACGACGAGUUUAGAGUAUAUCAUCUGUCAACAGAACAACAAUGGUCCGUUGAUUCUUUCUGAGUUUUCGGGUACAGCGGGAACACUCUCCAAUGCUAUUCACAUUAAUCCGUGGGACACGGUGGGGGUUGCGGGUGCCAUCAAUAAAGCUCUAUGCAUGUCUCCCGAAGAGAAAUUGACACAACAGCAGAAACUCUACAAGCAUGUCACUGCCAACACAGUUUCAGCCUGGUCUAAGCAGUUCCUCACUCGUUUGCUCACCAAUCUGUCUUCCUUCGAUCAGUCGGUCGCAACACCAGCUCUGGAUAGAGUCAAACUCUUGAAGCAGUACCGCAGAGCUCGUAAGAGGUUGUUCAUGUUUGAUUAUGAUGGAACCCUCACUCCAAUCGUGAAGGAUCCUCAGGCAGCCAUUCCAUCAGACCGUGUUCUUCGCACUCUCAAGACCCUGGCUGCAGACCCAAGGAAUGCCGUAUGGAUUAUCAGUGGCCGCGAUCAAGCUUUCCUGGAUGAAUGGAUGGGCCAUAUUCCUGAGUUGGGACUAAGUGCCGAGCAUGGAUGUUUCAUUAGGAAGCCUCACUCCGAUGACUGGGAAAACCUGGCCGAGCGAAGCAAUAUGGGCUGGCAGAAGGAGGUGAUGGAAACAUUCCAGCACUUUACUGAACGGACUCAGGGCUCUUUCAUCGAAAGAAAGCGGGUCGCUCUCACAUGGCAUUACCGGCGCGCCGAUCCCGAAUACGGCGCAUUUCAAGCCCGAGAGUGCCGAAAAGCACUCGAAGAGACAGUGGCCAAGCGUUGGGAAGUUGAAGUCAUGUCGGGUAAGGCAAAUUUGGAGGUGCGGCCGACUUUCGUGAACAAGGGUUUCAUUGCCACCCGCUUGGUCAACGAGUAUGGAAAUGAGCCGGGAGAUGCACCUGAGUUCAUCUUCUGUUCAGGCGAUGACUUUACAGAUGAGGACAUGUUCCGUGCUCUGCAGGGAUUCGACUUGCCCCAAGACCAUGUUUAUUCGGUCACUGUUGGGGCAAGCUCGAAGCAAACAGCCGCCAGCUGGCAUCUCCUCGAGCCAGCGGAUGUGAUUGAAACGAUUUCGAUGCUGAACAACAGCUCUUGCUCCCAAGAGUAUUAAGUUGCUCGACGCUCCUCGCACGGCCGGGACGCCCCCUAUUCUCUUUCCGUUUUCCUAGACUUUAGCUUCGCGUUCAUGCCUAUUAUAUAUCUUAUGUUUCGUCCCGGGCGUAGAGGCGGGGUAGCGAUGAUGGCUGAUUUGUUAGAGUUCAAGACGAACGAGGGAAGAUGCGCUCGUCGGGCAUCGGAAUGAACAUCGGAGAAAGAGAGGGAGAGAGAGGAAGAGAGAGGAAGGACGAUCGUCCCUUGUUCGCUCCUGAGCUCGAUAGCCAUUGUUACUAUCUUCCCUCUGGACUGCUUGAUAGAUGGUCAAAGUGAAGUUGAUACGCUACCUUGCAAGUUCGUGAUGUCCAAAAGAGCAUAGUGCACUUGAAAGAUACAUAGAGAGGAGUUUUGUCGGCUCUUGUGCCCCAAUGAACAUUGAGUGCCUUACAGUAUACAGAAUACAG